AUGCUAUUCAGCGCCCAGGAUGGCUCCGUUCCAGGGGCAUUAUUGGCCUGGAAAAAGGUGCUGCGGUAUGGAAUUGUCUUCGUGUUCGUAAUAGGGUUUGCCGCCGUACUAUGGCCCUCGGCCGAGCCAGUGAAGCUGCCUCUGCAGACAGCUGCCAACAUCACCCUCGCCGCCUCUGUCGCGUGCCUUCUCGAUUACGACAGAUUAGCAUCCAUGAACGUUGUUAAAGUUGCCCAAUACACCCGUCGAGAGAUUGUGCUCGAUAUAACGGAUGAGCCAGUCCCCUACACACAGUGGCUGGAACAGCCAUUCCUGGAAGAGCCGAGGGGAACCGAGGGAGCGGCGGACGGGUGCUCAAUUCCCACAUCAGUAUCCCUGCGGGUUCCUCGGCCGCCGAAAUUAGCGGAUGCAGCACAUAUCGAUUUUGGAGUCGCGACUGAUAUUGAGAGAUUGAAUGAGUCUUUGGAUGCAUUCGCUCACUGGGCCGGGUACUCGCGCACUCGUAUUUUCGCACUGAUUGAACCGGAUCGCUCGGGAAACGGAAUCCGGGAUGCCAAGGCCAAGGCCGACGCACUGGGGAUUAACCUUUACAUCAUAGAGUCGGACGAUCACUACCUCAACCGAUACUUCGCACUUAUCCCUCUUUUGAAGGAAAAUGCUCGGGAAACCACUCAAUGGGGCUGUAUCAUCGACGACGACACAUUCUUCUUGUCGAUGCCCAGAUUAGUGGACGCGCUCGCCAAGUACGAUCAUACCACCUCCAUGUAUAUCGGCGGAUUGUCAGAGUCUAUGCCGCAGAUUGUGACAUUCGGAAUAAUUGGAUUUGGAGGCGCGGGCGUCUUCUUAUCAAAACCCCUCUUGGCAGAAAUCACCAACGUGUACGACAGGUGCGCUGCAAUGGAUUUUACAGGCGAUCGCCGCAUCGCCAUGUGCGUCUACCGCUACACCCAGACCCGGCUGACAGUGGACCACCGUCUGCGGCAGUUGGACCUGAUGCACGACGCCUCUGGUUUCUUUGAGUCUGGCCGCGAGCCCCCGCUCACAGUGCACCACUGGAAGUCCUGGUUCCACGCCGACAUGCCAAAGCUAGCGGUGGUUGCCGAGCUAUGCGGCGACAGCUGCCUCCUCCGCAAAUGGCACUUUGGCGACGGUUGGAUCCUGACGAACGGAUUCUCAGUCAUCAAAUAUCACGCCGACCCGGAUCAGGACGAUCUAGCCAUGGAGCAGACCUGGGACCCCCACAAUGGCGCUAGCGUGGAAUCUUACCUGCACGAAUUGGGCCCCCUCCGCCGCAAGGAUGAGCACAAACAGACCUUCCAGUUACAGGAUGCCGUCCACGAGCAGAAUGACCGUGUCACUCAGUGGUAUAUCAUGCGCGAUGAGAAGAACGGUGAUCAAAUUUUGGAGUUGACGUGGCGCAAGAGGUAA